AAGCGAAACAAAAUUACAGCCAAAGUCACUUUAAAGUUUAUCGCUCUAAAGCUAAAUCAAUUAUCCAUUUAUUAUUCCAAUAAAGUUGCCAUUAAAUUGAUGAAAUAAGCCUGAUAAAAGUACGAAGUUAACCAAGGUGGCUAACUAUUAAGUCUGACUAUUAAUGCUAACUGUGAAUAAUAACAAUAUUUAAAGGCAAUCAAGUAAAGAGUCGAUGAGAGAUGAUGAAGAAAAGGCUGAGGAAAGUGAUAAAUAGUGAGAGUUGUUAUGCCAACCAAAAGGGAAGGAUAAAGGAUGAAAAGGAAGGCGAAUGAAUGGAAACUAAUGUAUCCUGAUUGUGUGGUGUAAGCAUGAGCUUAAAGUUUUGUCAAUUGGCAGAGAGGCAGAUGAAUACGCCAGAGUAAAAUGCUUCAUCCUGAUCAUCCUCAUCAUCAUUCUCACUCACUUUUUUAUCAUUAUCUCGAUUCCCUUGAACCGGUAACUUGAAUGGAAACCAUUGAGAGGUAAACUUGAUUCCUCUUGGCUCUUCGUUUUUUAUUUAUUGUACAAUCCGUCAAAUAAAUACAUAUACAUACGUUUACCAUUUGAGCAAAAAUAAUGAUUCUCCUGACUUUUUCAUUUAUGAUUCUUCACCAUCUUUUCCAUGAACGAUGUGAACAAGACUGAUGACGAUGAUAUUAAUAGUUAACCGACUCUGAUAGUGACAGUGAUGAUGAAAAGAGGACAACUUUGAUUCUUCAUCUUUCCCUUUGCGUUCAUUUUACACUAAAUUUUGUCUCCAUUUCAUUAGUUUUUUGUUUCAAAAUUUCAAUCUUUUUUUGUUCAAUAAUUUCAAGUUGAAAAACUAAAGUUGAAAUGUGCAACAAAGUUUAACCUUUAAGAGUAAAUUUUGACCGCAAAAGUUGAACAACAUGAAAUUGAUACAAGUUGCUUCAUUGUUUCAAUUACUGUUAACAUUUUCAUUGGGAAAACUUGAUUCUCCAGAAAAUUUAACUCAAUUUUCAAUUGAACCAUUUGUGUUGACCAACUCCACUAAAGAUGAAAAGGUUAACCCAAACAGACGGACAAAUUGGGUUGUGAUUAACUCUACUCUAGUCAACUCAACACUCGAUCAACCAAAUGGAUUGACAUUUGUCCAAUCGAAUGGCCAUUUUGUUAAACGAGAUAUUGUUAAACAAGAUGAUGGUUUCAUUGAAGGACCCAGUUUUGUUUCACUCCCUUCAUUUACUUCCUUGUCUAAUGGACAAAUCGAUUUUUACAAUUCUACUGGAUUAACGUUGAACUGCAAGGCCAAUGGACUUCCCAGACCAUCGAUUAAGUGGAUAAAAGGAUCAACUUUAUCAGCUUCAUCAGCUUCAUCAUCAAUAACAUCGAGCUCCUUUAAUCAGCCAAAUGAUUCAUUUGUUGAGGUCAACAAUGUUCCCGGAUUGCGUUUCCUUCGGUCAGAUGGAUCACUUGUUUUCCAACCAUUUCCAGCUAAUCAGUUGCGGCAAGAUGUUCACCUAACAUCGUACCAAUGCAUUGCCUACAACAAAGUUGGCUCCAUCAUUUCACCCGAAUUUCAUAUUAGAGCAAUUAUCAAGGAAAAUUAUUCAAUACAAAGUUCAGAUGAAUUUGUUUCUCUUGGCAAUGCUGGACUCAUUCCGUGUACUGUUCCUCCCAUGGUUAAGGAUUUUGUUAAAGUUAUUCAUUGGCAACGAAGUGAUGGAUUGAUUAUCGCAGGAAAUAAUCUUGCCUCAUCAGAAUCAAUGUUUCUUCUUGAUGAUGGAUCACUUUUUUUCGAUAAAGUUUCACUGGAUCAUACUCGAUGGAAAUAUCGAUGUACAGUUAAAAAUAGACUGACUGGUGAACAGAUAAAUAGUUUAACAUGGUCUAAACUCAUUAUCACUGAUUCAACCAUGAAAUCUGCUCCAAGAAUGAUUGGUUCACUUAAAGAUUUGUGGAUUAACAUGGAUCAGGAUGUAACUGUUGGCUGUUUAGCUUCAGCUGAUCCAGUUCCAGUUUAUUAUUGGUUUCGUGAAGGACCGCGAAAUUCAAUCAAUUUGCUCAAACAUUCCCAAUCACCGUCAGUUUCAUCGAGUUCAUCUUCUUCCCAAUUGACUCUCCAAUCACAUGGACCAAUUUUAUUUUUACGUUCAGUUCAAAUUCAAGAUUCAGGAGUCUACGUUUGCCUGGUAAACAACAGUCUUGGCCAAGAUCGCCUUCGGUUUAAACUAAAUGUUAUUGAGCCAUUAACUGUAUCAAUGAGACCCUCGCAGUUGUACAGACGAAGAGAGGGUGAACCUGCUUCAAUUGAUUGUUUAAUUAAGCCUAAUCGUGAUCAUCAUAUGAGCCUUUAUACAUUUGAAUGGUUAAAAGAUUCAAAGCCAUUAACAUUCACAUCUCGAAUAUCAUUAACCAGUCGAAACAAGUUACGAAUUUUGUCAGUUGUACGAGAAGAUAAGGGAAUGUAUCAAUGUAUAGUCAAAAGUGAAGGAGCCUUGAGACAAACAGCAUUUUCAACACUUCAUCUUCACAUUGAAGAAGAAGCGCCAAGAUUAAUGACAACUUUUAAAAGUCAACUUUUAGAGGAAGGUUACUCAUUAAGCCUUAAAUGUAGUGCCAAUGGAAGUCCAUUACCACAAAUAAAAUGGUCAUUAUAUCAUAAGACAAUUGACAGCAGGGUUCAUCGGUCUCGUUAUCGUAUUGGUGAUUAUGUUGACACUAAUGGACACAUUGUUAGUUUUCUUAACGUUUCAUCCAUCACACGGGAAGAAGGUGGACUUUACAGUUGUAUAGCAUUUAAUGAUAUCGGACAGUCGGUAUAUUCAGCACCAAUAAGCAUCUUGGGUCCUCCAAUGGUUCAUCCAAUGAGCAAUGUUACCAUACUUUCAACUGGAAGGUUAUCCAUUGAUUGUCCAUUCUCAGGUCAUCCCAUUGGUACCAUAACCUGGAAAAAAAAUGGUCAUCCUUUACCCAUAUCACGUCGAGUCUCUCGUCAUUCAAAUGGCACUCUUCAACUGGUUGACGUUCAUUUGGAUGAUCAAGGAUGGUAUCGGUGUGAAGUAUCUAAUGGCCAAGAAACUGCCCAGGGAUCACUUUAUGUUCACAUAUUAGAGAGGCCGGUUAUUAAUCCAUUCAUGUUUGGUUCCGAUUUGACGGAAGGAAUGAGAGCAACAGUCGUUUGCAGCAUUUUAUCAGGAGACCCACCAUUAACAUUCACUUGGCUCAAGGAAGGUUCGCCUGCUUCCAUGAUUCAUGAUGACAUUGAAGUAUCUAGUUUUUCCGAUUCCGAUUCCAGUUUCAGAAUCAAAUCGGUCAAAAGAUCCCAUUCUGGAAACUAUACUUGUGUUGUUUCAUCUUCAAACAUCUCAUCAAAUUACACAGCUGAAAUGAUUGUUAAAGCUCCUCCUAGAUGGAUAAUCAAACCUGAAGAUGGUUACUCGCUAUUGCGAGGUCGUAACAUUGUCAUUGACUGUCAAACUGAUGGUUAUCCACAGCCAACUCAUCAAUGGAAGAAGGUUAAAACUGGAAUUAAACCUUUUGAUCAUUCGGGUCGUGAAUUGGUUGGGAUUGUUUCUGGUCCUCAUAUUCAAGUGCUUGAAAAUGGAUCAAUAUCUAUUGUUGGGAUAACCAAGGAAGAUGAUGGUGUUUACAUUUGUGAAUCAAGCAACAAUGUUGGUCCACCUUUGUCAGCUACUACGCGUCUCACUGUCCAUCAACCUGUCAAGUUUAACAAAAACUUUGAACUAAUUGAAGCAAACAAAGGAGACUCGGUAAUGUUGAGUUGCUUAGCUUCUGGUGAUCAUCCGAUAACUCUAUCUUGGAUUCGAGAUAGAGAAAUUGUGAUUCCCUUUACCGGACCUGGUGAUAACGAUAUCAAGAUUGAAGAGGAGCGAAGUGACGAUGGACUUUUGAGUAAAGUAAUUUUAGGAUCAGUUGAUACAGUCGAUUCAGCCUUUUUCACAUGUCAAGCUCAAAAUGUUUAUGGAGCAGACGAGAAAAAUAUUCAAUUGGUUGUCCGAGGUCCACCUGAACCACCGACAGGCCUUAAAGUGGGUGAAAUUAAAAGUCGAGCUGUUGCACUGUCUUGGCUACCAACAGUCAAUGGAAACAGUCCGUUAUUAGGUUACAUCGUUGAAUACACGACAUCAAAUGAAACUUGGACCAAUUCCAUGGAGACAGCUUCCGUUGAUCCUAAAGAUUUGUCAGUUGUUAUUACAAGCUUAAUGCCGGAAACAUUGUAUCGAUUUCGAGUUAUUGCUCAAAAUGCUCUCGGUCGAAGUAAACCAAGCCAGGAAACCAUCAUUCGCACUGAAGAAGAGGCCCCUAAUGAAGCACCGACAAAUGUCCGAGCUGAAGCGUUAAGUUCACGGUCUUUAAGAAUCUAUUGGUCUAAUCUUAGUCGGAAUAGGAAAAUUGAUGGCUUUCAUAUUGGCUAUCGAAAAAGCACUGGAUUUAACUCAAUGAGAAACUCAUUUGACUUUGUUACUCUAAACCUCAACGAGACUAUGAAAGGCUUGGAAGAGCUUAAUUACAAUCUUACGGAUCUUAAAAGAAGCACAAAAUAUGGAAUAAUUGUUAGGCCGUACAAUAAAAAAGGAUUAGGCGUUCCAUCGGAAGAGGUUUAUGGUCAAACACUUGAAUAUGAUCCUCCUGGUGAAGUAACUGCAAGAGUAACUGGUGUAACUCAUCGAUCUUUGACUAUUAAAAUUGAAGGUACUAAUCAAGAAAAUCCAAUCAGUGGUUUUAUUGUAAAUUACAAGAGCAACACGGAAGAUUGGGAAGAGGUCAAAAUACUGGGAACUAGAACAAAUUUUGUGCUUGAAAAUUUAAGAUGUGGUACAAAAUAUUCAAUUUCAAUUACUCCUUAUAAUAAAGCUGGUCCUUCACCUGAUACCAAGAUGUUUCAUGCAACAACUUCUGGUGGUGUGCCUUCAUCUGGACCUUUGGAAACAGUGAUAAAUGUUAAUUCAACAAGUGCCUUGAUCGAUCUAAGUGCCUGGAAUGAAAAUGGUUGUCCCAUUAUAUCUUUUGUGAUUCAAUACAAGCAACAUUUUCAAAAUGAUUGGAUAAUGUUUUCCAACAAUAUCAUGCCUUCACAAGGAAAAUUAAUCCUCAUUGAUUUGAUUCCAGCAACUUGGUAUGAUUUACUUAUGAUUGCUAAUUCAGAGCCAGGAACAACCGAAGCUCAAUAUUUAUUUGCCACUCUUACUUUAACCGGAGGUACGAUUCCUCCUCUAACAUCAACUUCCUACUCUACUUGGGAACUAAGUUUUGGUGAUCCUGUAAUUUUGGCUCCAAUCCUGUGUGCGUUUAUAGUGUUUAUUGUAAUCUUUAUCACAGUUGCCAUACUUAUGUCAACCAAACACCAAAGAACUGAUGCAUCACAAGAGACCUAUAACAAUAAUGAGCGAAAUAAAAUGGAAAGCUUAUCAAUGUCAUCUUUUGCUCUUCCAGUUGAAUCCUCUGGAACAGGUAAAAAGAAUUAUGAAACAGUUCAAUGUAAAGCAACUUAUGGAUCUUAUUAUACCUCACCUUAUGCUGCCAAUAGACUUAACUUUUGUGAACAAGAGAUUCCAUUAAAUCAGCAUCAUAUUCAAAGGCAUACACGAAUUGAUAGUGAAUCCCAUUAUGAUGAUCUUUUAACACGAAAUUAUCGAUCAAAUUCACCUGAUUAAUUUUUCAAAAGGCAAAAUGGAUCAAAAAGAAAAGAUUUAUAUGAAAAAAUCGCAAAAAAAUUAAGCUUGAAGUGAAAAUUGAAUGAUUCAAAUUGAAUCUAGCACUGUUGAUCACAUGGUAUUAACAAGGCGCAUUUUACAAAUAAUCACUACAAUAUUUGAAUAAAUAAUGUUGAAUCCAGUUGAUAUCCGGGUAUUGAAUAGAUUGAAAAUUUAGUCAUAUAAAUCUAUGUAAAUAUGAAUU